UGCCUGUGGUGAAAAGUUUAAAAGAGUGUGUGUCCUGCUGUCCCUCAGCAGAAGCAUCAAUCAACAUGAUUCCCAUUGUGCUGGCCUCAGUGCUUAUUGCUAGCGCCCUUGGGUGUGGCACUCCACCCAUUGAGCCUCUGACUUCCCGUGUGGUCAACGGAGAAGAUGCCAAGCCCCACAGCUGGCCCUGGCAGAUCUCUCUGCAGUAUGAGAGGGACGGUGAGUGGAGGCACACUUGCGGGGGAUCUCUGAUUGCCGCCAACUGGGUCAUGACUGCUGCUCAUUGUAUCAACACCAAGCUCUCCUACAGGGUGUUUGUGGGCAAACACAACCUGGUUGAGGAAGAGGCUGGCUCCAAGGCCAUUCUGCCUGAGAAGAUUGUUGUCCAUGAAAAGUGGAACCCUAUCUUCGUAGCCUUUGGUAACGACAUUGCCCUGAUUAAGUUGUCUGAGUCUGUAACUUUGAGUGAUCAUGUACAGUUGGCAUGUAUUCCUCCUGCUGAUACUCUGCUCACCAACCUCUACCCCUGCUACAUCACGGGGUGGGGCAGGCUGUACACCGGCGGCCCCAUUGCUGAUAUGCUGCAGCAGGCUUUGAUGCCUGUGGCUGACCAUGCCACCUGCUCCCAGCCUGACUGGUGGGGUAUCGCUGUCAGGACCACCAUGGUGUGUGCCGGUGGGGAUGGAAUUGUGGCGGGAUGCAAUGGUGACUCUGGUGGCCCUCUGAACUGCAAAAAUGAUGCGGGUGUCUGGGAAGUCCAUGGCAUUGCCAGCUUUGUGUCUGGCCUUGGUUGCAACUUCAUAAAGAAGCCCACCGUGUUCACCAGAGUGUCUGCUUUCAAUGACUGGAUUGACCAGGUUAUGAUGAGCAACUAAGGUUAUAUUUCAAUAAAAAGGUCAAAC